GAGGCGGGGACUUGGGGAGACGUUCUAACACUAUUGCGGGGUUGGAUGGACCACAGCGGGGAGGGUUUGUGGGUGAUGCCUGGGUCCCCCGCCCGCUGAGGAGAUGGAUGAGGACGGGCUUCCUCUCAUGGGGUCAGGCAUUGACCUGACCAAGGUGCCAGCUAUCCAACAGAAAAGAACGGUGGCAUUUCUAAACCAGUUUGUGGUGCACACGGUGCAGUUCCUCAACCGCUUCUCCACAGUCUGUGAGGAGAAGCUGGCAGACCUUUCUCUUCGUAUCCAGCAAAUUGAAACAACUCUCAAUAUUUUAGAUGCAAAGUUGUCAUCUAUCCCAGGCCUAGAUGAUGUCACAGUUGAAGUCUCCCCUGUAAGUGUCACUGGAGUCACAAAUGAAACCACUUCAGAGCCAUCACAGCAGAACAGUUUACAAGAAUCUGGACCACAGGAAAGUGAAGUAACAGCAGAAAAUAUCUUAACUGUAGCCAAGGAUCCAAGAUAUGCCAGAUAUCUCAAAAUGGUUCAAGUGGGUGUCCCAGUGAUGGCAAUAAGAAACAAAAUGAUAUCAGAAGGACUAGACCCAGAUCUUCUCGAGAGGCCAGAUGCUCCAGUGCCUGAUGGCGAAGGUGAAAAAAAUGCAGAAGAAAGUUCAGAUAGUGAAUCCUCUUUUAGUGACUAAGAUUAACUUUCAUAAUAAUUACAGAUAACACGUGUAGAAGUACUUUACAUUCUAUCAGAAAGAGAGUCUGAACUUGACCUCUUUUUCAAAACAACAUCAAGUGGCCAGAUAUUCACCACCAAGCUUCCUCAGUGCUAAAAUUGUAAUAAUAAUAAAGCAUUUAUAACCUGGCAGCAUAUGUUGUUACCAAUUAAGGGCCCUGAACUGGAAAAUAAAAUAACCUAAAAAAGUUAAAUUAGUGCUACCAAUACUAAGAUGGAAUAUUGCAGAGAUGUAAUGAACAUUUAACAUAAAAUCAAUGUAAGAUUAGUGAUAAAAAUAGACUCAAUGCAAAAAAAAAGUGAAUUUGGCUGAGUGAAUUAUUCAGUUUUUAUGACUUUUAGCAUGAAAGUAUUAUGUGCAUUUGUAUCAGAAGAGUUGCUAAAUUUCUGGCAGAAAGUAAUAUUGAAGUUUUAUGUGACAAAUUAAAGCUUAUAUAUCAUAUA